AUGUUUGUGAAACGUUUAUUAUUUCAAUCAAAAACAGAAUAUCAUGCUGGUAAUCAAGCUCAAACUGAUCGAAAAUAUGGAAUUAAACAUGCAACAGAUUUAACUGAUCAAGCAGUUAAUAAAUGUACAGUAGCUGUUUUUACACCAACACUUCGUACAAAUCAAGAGAAAAUAACUAAAGCAGCAACAGCUGCACAUAAAGAUAAUGAUUUUGUUUAUCAAGCACGGAUACCAGAUUCGAAAACACUUGAAACUAUUUUAGCUCAACCAAUUGCUAAACCAUUACCAGUUAUAUUAUUUCCAUUAACACCUGAUUUUCGAGAUAAUUUGACAUUUCAAUUUAAUUUCUUUUAA